AUGCAUCUCCACACAGACCUCGACGUCGACACCACCCCCUCCACCCUCAUCAACAUCACCACGGCCACCUCCGCAGCCAAACCCACCACAACCGCCACAACCACCCUCACCGAACUCACCUCCACAACCCCGUCCCCACCACCCACAACUAAACCCCUCUACUUCGCCUACGGCUCCAACCUCUCCCCCACGCAAAUGGCUACCCGCUGCACCGCCCUCCCCUCCUCCAUCCCGCUCGCCAUCGCCCGCCUCCCCAAAUGGCGCUGGCUGAUCCACGAGCGCGGAUACGCCAACGUGGUCCCACCCUCCGAGAUGUGCAUCACGAAGCAACAAGCAGACUGCAUCUCGAGCGGCGAGGUUGGUGUUGCGGGUGGCGCUGACGAGGAUGCCGUCUACGGUGUGUUGUAUGAUAUGGGGGAUGAUGAUGAGAAGAUUCUGGAUGGGUUUGAGGGGGUCGAUUAUUCUGCUCCUGACGCGGAGGUUAUCAAUAUGGAGGAUGGGAGGAUGAUGGUGAGGGAGAAGGAGCAGGGACAUGGGUGUUAUAACAAGUGGGUUGUGGAGGCGGAGGUGGUUAAGUGGCUUGGUGAGAAGGAUGGGGAUAAGGCGGAGACGGUGCCGGUGUUGGUGUAUGUUGAUGAGAAGAGGGUGAGGAAUGGUCCGCCCAAGGCGGAAUUAGACAUAGAUGUCUUGCUAGACCUCUCAUAA